AUGGAUCAAAUAAAUGAUGCAGCUUAGUUGUUUAGAAAAAAAUAUACUAUAAUAAUGGAUGAAAUUUAUGGUGAAGGUUGUUUUGGUUAAAUAUAUUCUUGUAAAAAAAUUGAUGAUUCUGAUGAUAAUAUAUAUUGUGCUAAAGUUAUUCCAAUUAAUGUAGAUAAAGAGAGAAGCAAAGAAAAUGAAAUAAUUAUAAAUAAUUCAAUAGCUAAAUUAAAGUUAAAUCAACAUUAGUAAAUGAAUUUAGUUAAAAUAUACGAUAUUUCUUUUGAUUCCAAUUCUUUGUAUAUAAUAAUGGAAAGAUGUGAUGAAGAUUUAUCAUUUGAGUUUUAUAAGCUUAUAGAGGAAAAUAGUUGGUAUACAGAGGAAGAAGUAUAUGAUUUGAUACAAUAAAUUAUAAAUGGAAUAAAAGAAAUGCAUUCAAAAAAAAUCAUCCAUCAAAAUAUAAAACCAGAGAAUAUUUUAAUUAAAUAUGAAAAUAAAGGAGAAAUCAAUGAGAGAAAAAUAUAUAAAGUAGUUUUGUGCUCAUAUUUUAGAUUACAGACUAUGAAAUUGGUAUUUUGAUUUCUAAACUUACUAAAAAAUAAGACCUGAUUAGAACAGGAUCUCCAAAUUAUACAGCACCUCAAGUAUUUGAAGAUGAUGUAAUAUAUUCUGAAUAAAGUGAUAUAUUUUCAUUCGGUGUUCUAUUUUAUUAAAUUUGCUAUUAAGCUAAAUUUCCUUAUGAUUGUAGUUCAAUGUAAAGUAGAUAUUAAAGUUUAUAAUAUCUAAAAAAUAAUCCUUUUAAAGCUCCAACUCUUAAUUAUAAUAAUGGAGAAUAAUUGCAAAAUCUUAUAGAAAAUAUGAUUGUUUAUAAUGAAAAUCAAAGAAUUUCUUAUUCAACUCUCUUUACUCAUGCUGUAGUGAAAAGGAAAAGUUAGGAAGAUACUGUUAUUAUUAGAAAUGAAAGUAGAAAUUUUAGAAGUUAAAGAUUAUUUGAUAAAUCAAUUAAUUUUGAAAACAAGAAAAAAACCUAAAUUUUAUUGACAUUAGAAAGAUUGAAAUUAUUGUUAGAGUAAUUUCUUAUCAAAUUCUAAAUUUGUUAGUAAUUAAUUUAAUAAAUCUAAGAUAGUGAUGAAUUUUUAUUUUUUAAAUUAAAUAUUUAUUUAAUAGGAAAUUAUUAAUUGUUAUAUGCACUUGCUUUAAUUUACAUAAGACCUUAAGAAUUACAUCCAAGUAUUUUAAAAUAUAAUGAUUAAUUAAUGCUUAUCGAGAAAUUAAGUGAAGCAUAAGAAGGAAUAAAAAUAUAUCAUCCAAAUACUAAAAUUUAUUAAGAUUUUUAUGAUUCAAUUCAAUCACAAUAUCAUAAAUUUGUAUAUUAAUUUAAAGAAUUUUAUAUUAAUAUUAAAAGGAGAAAAGAACUUCCUAAUGAAUUAGAGGAGUUUACUCAAUAAGCAGUCUCUAGAAGAAUCGAAUUAACUAUAUUAUUAUAAAAUAUUAAAAAUUUUAAAAAAACUUAUCUAAGUAGAAUCCCUAAUACUCUAUAAUAUUUAUUAGAUUAGGUAAUUAAAUUUGAAAGUUUAUCCCCAAUUAGUCUUAAUCAAAAGAAUGUAGAUCAAUAGUCAUAGCCAUCCUAAUAAAUUGGAUAAAUAUGA